AUGAAGGACCCCGGUAGUCGUCCAACUCGACUGAGGCAAAUCGCUUUAAUCGCCGAGGAUUUGGAUCGUGCGAGACAUUUAUUGACUACUAUCCUCGACACCGAAGUCGUCUUCAUCGAUCCACAGGUCGCGCAAUGGGGAUUGAAGAACAUUCUCGUCGCAAUCGGCGGCGACAUCAUUGAAGUUUGCUCCCCAUUCAAACCCGAUACCACAGUUGGAAGAUUACUUCAGAAACGAGGUGAUGGUGGAUACAUGAUCAUCAUGCAGACGAUUGACGCCGUCGCUCGGAGAAAAUAUAUCGAGUCUCAGAAGUUGGCCAAGGUUAUUUUCGACCAUGUCCAUGACGAUGCUGUUUGUAUUCAAUACCAUCCAAAGGGUGUCCCUGGAGGCAUGAUGCCCGAACUCGACUCUCACACGCCAUCACCAAAAAACCCAACCCCGCUUGACUCACCAUUCAGUCCCUGGCAUGCAUGCGGAGCCGACUAUCUUGCUUACUCGACCGCAAUGAAGCGACGGGCACAUUUAAAACUCAUUGGUGCGACUUUGAGACUUGCCCCGGGAAAUACCAAUAUCCAAGCUGCGGCCCAACGCUGGAAUCAUCUCUUCGGCGUCCCAUCCCAGGCUAAUAAUCUGCUCUUCACAAAUGCCAAACUUGACUUUGUCAAUGGUGUUCAGGGCCAGCCUGAAGGUUUGGAGAGGAUCACCAUUCAAGUUGACGGGAAGGAUCGUCUUGAGAGGAUUCUCAAUAUCGCUAGGAGAGAAGGUGUGUAUAAAGAUGGAGCUGUUGAGAUGCUGGGUGUGAAAUGGAACUUCAUCGUGGGCGAUGGUGAUUCUUCGAGCGAUGCAACCGUCAAUCGUAGUAGGUUGUGA